CGAAGCACCAUUCAACCUUCCACAAUAAGCUCCAUUCUACUCGAACAUACUUUAAGGAUUCUCUCAGAUACAAUGGUUGGACUUUUUCAGCUUCCUAACGAGGUGCUGGCUUUCAUAUUUGACGGGCUAGACGCCCAAAGCUUCUCCGCCCUCCGGUUGACGUCCAAAUAUGCAAAAUUAGCUACGUUGCCAGCUUUCACCAGCCGGUACUUCCGAACCCGAUACGUAAUGCUCUCAAGGCCCGGCCUCGAAAACCUUGCGGAGAUUGCGCGACAUCCAGACUUUGGCCCUGCUGUGAGAAAACUAGAGCUCUGUACGGAUCAUUUCGUGGAGUUCCCAGAUUCAUUCUUUCAUAUUGCACGGCAUGAAGGCGACAUGUUACUGGCUAUACAAGAAGGUCCAUAUCCUCCCGCAGUUGUAGUGGGCAGCACAGAUGAUGUACACUCAUCCGGCGACGACGAGGACCAAAGCCCUGGAGAGGAAGGUGGGGGGGCCGAUGAAGGGAGUCUUGCGUCUCAGGACUCGUAUGAGGCGCCUUUGGAUAAGGCGGCUUAUACGUCACUGUGGGAAGAGCAGGAACACAUGAUCAUGUCUGGCCUUGCGCAGGCCUACAUCACGCAGGCGCUGAUUUCUCUUACCAACAUCGAGGCGGUCGUCAUUAGCAACAGGCACCGGCCCUGGGGUGCGCUAGCGCUUGGCCGACAAACAGGUCUACCGCCAACAAACGCCGUAGACGACUACGAGGAGGUUCCCUUUCUGGGCCGACUCCUUCGCAUCACCCUUACAGCUAUCGCGACGAGUGGUGCCGCUCUUAGCAGCCUUACCAUCACAGCUGGCCUCCCUCGGGAGGCGAUUGUACCCGACAUUCUCAGACUCCCGGAGUCGCAUUUGCAAUACUACAAGAGCCUCCCUCCAAGCCUCACGGAGCUCACACUGAAUGUAUCCGCCGAGGCAAGGAGGGGCGCCGGGGACCGAUGGGCGGACGACGUAUCAGCAUUUAUCGGUGUGUUUCGACAAGUCACACAACUGGAUCUGGUCAUCAAGCCCGUCGACUACGGCCCGCAGGUUGACCGGUUGAAACAGCUCGUACCAAAGCUUCAACUACCGAAUCUAGAAGGCCUAGGGCUCUAUAGGGCAUAUUGUAGCAUACAGGAUCUUGGAGGUUUUAUCAUGAGGCACAAAGCAACACUCCAAAGCGUUACUUUGGUCCGAGUAGGAGUUUCGGAUGGAAUUGGCCACUGGAGGUCUUUGUUCGCUCUAAUGCGUGAUCAUCUCCCAAGGCUCGGGUUAUCCAUACAACGAUGCACUGCAGGGGGGCUUGCCCUAUUGUGCCGAAUGGAAGACGAAAAUGGAGAGGAAUUUGAAGAUUGUUUUGAUGUGGGGGGCAGUCACGAAGCCUGGACGGCAGCAAUCCAGGCGAUAGAAACAAGAUAGAUUGCAUCGUCUGACUAUUUAAAGUUUCAGAGUCUAUUGCCAGCGGCACUAUUGCCAGCGGCACUAUUGCCAGCGGCACUAUUGCCAGCGGCACUAUUGCCUUUGUGAAGGGCAUAAUGUUUUACCUACAACCUCCGUUGGCCGUCCUCCCCAGUCAGAUAAGCAGAGAAGACAGCUCGCUCUGGUGCGACUCGGAGGUUUCCGAGAUCGAAUCGUGUUGCGUCGUCGCUAAACUCUGAAGAGCGGAAUAAGUCACGAUGGAUAGACGAUUUAGUAGUGAGGUACUGCAGACUCUGUUGGGUGCUCCGUAUCUUCAAUAGAA